AUGGUGAUAAGUUCCAAGCUUUUUCCCCUUCUUCUCUUGUUUCCAUUAGGUUUUGUAGCUUCAGCAACCGUGUUUACCUUCAACAAUCAAUGCACCUACACAGUUUGGCCUGGUAUUCUCUCAGGGAAUGGACCGACACUGGGGAAUGGUGGGUUCUCCUUGAAACCGGGGCAGUCAGUCCAGCUCACAGCCCGAGCAGGCUGGUCGGGGCGGUUCUGGGCUAGAACCGAGUGCAACUUUGACCCCUCGGGCAAAGGCACAUGUGUCACUGGCGAUUGCAAUGGCUCGCUCCACUGUGUUCUCAGUGGCGAGCUGCCAGCAACGCUAGCCGAGUUCACAAUCGCAUCUGAUCCCACUAAUAUGGACUUCUAUGACGUGAGCCUUGUGGAUGGGUACAACGUUGGAAUGAGUGUAAGGGCUACCGGGGGAAAAGGUGAAUGCCAAUACGCAGGUUGCGUGGCAGACUUGAACGAUGACUGCCCAAAGGAGUUGCAAGUCACAAACUCAAACUCAAACUCAAACUCAAACUUGGUGGUCGCAUGCAAGAGCGCAUGCACGGCAUUCAACACUGCCGAGUAUUGCUGCACCGGGGAUCACUCGACGCCGCAGACUUGCUCCCCCACCCGUUACUCAAUGAUGUUCAAGAAUGCGUGUCCGAACGCGUAUAGUUAUGCCUACGAUGAUGCUUCAAGCAUAUGUACUUGUUCCGGAUCCGAUUAUCUGAUCACGUUUUGCCCGACAGGUCGUGAUCAUUAA